AUGCUUCUGCGAAAGAAUAAGUUGCUCAAAAGCAGCUGCAUACUCCUCCUAUGACUACUACUAUCAUGAAUAACCCCAUCACAAGCACAGACACUCGACACCAACCUCUACGAAGGCCUCAUCUUCGGCAUGGGUUGGGGAACAUUCCUCAUCCUCAUCUUCAUAAUAAUUGGCGCAAUCCUAAUCUUCUUCAGAAAAAUGUUCCCGUACGAAUUCAUUAUGAUAAUAAUCGCUAUUUCCCUCCCGCUCUUCACCUUCCUAAUCCUGCUAGCUUGGCCCAAAAAGUCCACGAGCGCCACCACAACCACGACCACAUUCGACGACCCUACUCAUUUCUACCUGCUAAAAAUCGGCUUAUGCUUCACCUUCGCCUGCAUAUUCUUUCUCUUCGCCAUAUUCGCCCUCCUCUACGCUACAGUGUUCAGAUUUGUCUACGCUAGGAGAGAAGACACGGCCAGGAUCGAGAAGUUCAAGAGAACCAAGGAUAUUGACUCAGAUGAUGAGGAGGAAGAAGCAGCUGAGAUGAAGGAUUAUGACCUUGAAGAGGAAGAGGAGGAAGAAGAGCGCUCGAUAGUGGCAAGCUUGGCUGAAGAGGAUCUGGGGGAUAUCGAUGAGGAUGAAAGAUUGGUUAAUAAUUAA